GAGCACAAAGAUCCGUGUCUCUCUUCUCUACUGCGUUAAUCACCGAAAAAAAAUCGACACUGCCGAUUUCUUCUCUUCUGUUCGAGCCGUGCACAGCCAUGGCCCCUGUAUCCUCUGAUCUAAUGGAUAAUCUUCCUACGGGUCUCAAGUUGUUUGUCCGGAAUCUUCAAUCCCUAACCCCGGUCAAGCUUGAUGACACCAAUUAUCCCUCUUGGUCGGCCACCGUCCGUGCAAAUCUCCUUGCUCAUCGUCUUCUCAGCUAUGUGGAUGGAUCUGAACCAUCUCCUCUGCCUCUUAUUCUCGAUGAGAAGGCUGCGGCACCGGGGAAGGAUGAACCCCCGGUUAUGAAGCCAAAUUCAGCCUAUGAAUCAUGGCAUAUUGUUGACGCUCAGAUUCGAGCCUGUCUCCUUGCUAUUGUCUCACCCACAGGGACCGAUUCGAUGCAAACAUAUUUGGACACUGUUCUCACCAUUGUGUCGUCUCUCAAAUUGGCUCAUGAAGAAAUCUCCGAACAAGAUAUUAUUCUGUGUGUUCUUCGAGGUCUACCGGCGGACUACGCCUCCCUCAAGCAAAAUAUUCGCACCAACAUUGCCACAAUCACUUUUAAUCAGGUCUCUUCUUGGUUGCUGUCUGAAGAAUUGAACUUAUCUUUUGAAAAAAAAUUAUCUCUGGGUGACUCUGGCUCUACUUCGUCCGUUGACAUCCAUAGUGCACUUUUCACUAAUACCGGACGAGGCAAUGGUAGGCGCCAUGGAUGUGGACCACCGCGAGGCCGAGGAGGGUCUUACCGCGGCAGUCAGACCGGUGGCAGAAGCGGCAGGCAGCCGCUGUACCGCGACGACACACGCGGCAAAGGAGGUGGUCGUGGAGUGUCCGUCACGUGCCAACUUUGUGGGAAGCCUGGCCAUGGGGUCUAGAAUUGUUGGCACUGCUACGACGAAUCAUAUACUGGCCCCCCACAGGCGUACUAUGCAACUCAGU